AUGGGUCAAGAUUACGAAGUGAUUGAUAUCGAUUGUUCCUUGGGUGAAAAUUCUGUUUCUCAAGAGCAGUUCCUUCACGCCGUACUUCGAAAACCCGAGAAAUUCAAGGGUGUUCCGUUAUUCGCCGAUGAUCGCAAGAAGGACCCAUUGACAGAUCCUGAAUGUUCCAUUGUCCCCGACCCUUUGGAUCCUCAGGGUCUAACGUACAAUCUGAGGAUUUCGGAUUUGAACGAAUGUGGAGUGAUACUUAAGGAUGAAUUUAUUAGCGUCCGUGUUUGGUUUCCAAGACUCUCUGGCGUAGUAAUGAUGUCGGAUCAAGAGGUGAUCAUUAUGUGCAAACCACCUCAGCCCACAAUCACGUUGAACAAGGCCGCUGAAUACGCCAGUCAAAUCGACCUUCUUAGACCUCCGACGGCUCGCGUUUCUGGUGUGGUUCAAGAAAGCCCUGGAAAUCUGGAAUAUGAAGUGGCUUUAUUCAGAGAAACCGAUCCGGACAACCAAGAUUUCAUCUCCAACGAGGUGCCUGUCGAUCAAGCUGUACCAAUUGGUACGAAACUUCAACUUCGAGCUUCGAUCAACACCAAUUCAUCUUGGAAGUAUGUGAAGCUUUUGGAAGUGACUUUGUCACCGAGUUCCGAGGAUGCCUUUGCCGGAGGACAUAUCACUUUGAUUGAAAGCGGGUGUCGCAAGGAAGAAUUCUACUCCAUCAUCCCGAGACAACCUUAUCAUCCCAGCCAAGAGCUCAAGGGCGAGGUUCGAUUGGAAUUCGAGGCUGUUCUCUUGGACGUUCAAGGAGAAGCCAAGAGAAUCAAUCAGCUGUGGAUCCAUGCCCGCAUCAAGGCCUGCAUCACCCAAAAGGAUUGUGAGCCGGCUAACUUUGGGGUGGGCCAAACGAAUAUUCUUCAACCCACCCAAAACAGUGCUACCAAAGGUUGUCGCCCCUCGAGAAGGCCCACAGGAUUGGUCAUCUCAGUUGGCAAGGGAGAAUCUCAUGUAACGAUUUGGAUUGUUAUGUUGCGAUGCUUGAAAGUCAUGAUUAUGGUUACCAAAGUAAAGGGAGUGGAGUUUUGUCUGGACGUGUUCCAACCGAGUGGAGCUGGUCGGAAGAAGCGUGACCUGGUCACCAAAGACGGAGUGACCACUCUGCUUGAUGUGGAAGGGCCCACGGGUGAAGCCGUUUUGGUGCGCAACCCCGAGGAGUUAGUCAAGCGCGAAUCUAGCCGACAGAGAUUCUUUGAACCGGCCAAGAAGCGCAACAGUGGUUCCAAAAGUGCCUCCAUUGGCGACAAUGUUGGAGUGACUAUCAUUCUGCCCGAUGAUUACUACAAAGAGCUGAAAGGCGGCCAGAAAAGUGACAAGACAAGCCCAAGUGGAUCUUCACUUUCAUCCGUGGAGAAAACGUUGGAUUGCAAUUCAUUCAUCAUCGUUGGUGUGUCGUUGGCGUGUUCAUUGAUCGUGGCAUCACUGCUUCUAUUCUACCUCUCCUUGCGUUUAUACAAGGUGUCCAAAUUGUAUAAAAGGCAAAAGUUGGACGAGGUGGUCCGGGAGCAUCGACGCAAAUACGGCGUUCAACAACAACAACAACAACAACAACAACAACAAACCCGCUUGAGCUCACAUUCUGAAAGUACGGGUUUGUCUGUGCACCACAUGACUUGACUGGAACGUCAUUUUUGAUCUCCAUUUUGGACGCGCAUUGUUUAGUGCGAGCACUUCUGAGCUCGGGUUGUGGCUGGAAUUUGGCUUUGGUUUCAAUAUCAUUACUAUUAUUAUCACCAUUGUUACUUGUUUGUGUGUCAAUAAAUAGCCUUGGCAUUAUUGUAUUAUA